UCUAAGAUGACUCGGGAUGUGGAUUGCGUGGUGCAGGGAAAGGGAAAUCCAAGUCUCUACUCAGUUGCAGGCACUUCCCCUCCUCCUUGUCCUAUCAUGGCGACUACGAGUGCUCCGUCAACUCCAGCUGCUGGACUGGGAGCUCACUGUGGGACGAGGACGAGGAGGAGCAGUGUAUUUGCAACUCGGCGUUGCUCGUUGUGGGGAGAAGGGGAAUUUAGCGAGGUGAGCAUUGGCGGAAGAGGUGUGGUCGCACAGGAAGGAGCAAGGAGCAGGAGCGCGAGAGGAGUAGUGAGUGUUCGUGCGGACGCUGGGACAAUGGUAGCGGCCACUUCGGGCACUCGAGUACGUGCAACCAGCGUUCUGGUUGUGGGAGCAACUGGUACGCUGGGUAGGCAGGUUGUUCGUCGAGCUCUUGACGAAGGCUACGAUGUCAGGUGCCUCGUCCGUCCCCGCCCGGCGCCUGCGGACUUCCUCCGUGACUGGGGUGCCACCGUCGUCAACGGUGACUUGAGCAAGCCGGAGACGCUACCGGCCACUUUGGUGGGAAUUCAUACCAUCAUCGACUGUGCAACCGGUCGGCCGGAGGAGCCUAUCAGAACGGUUGAUUGGGAUGGGAAGGUGGCUUUGAUCCAAUGCGCGAAGGCCAUGGGAAUCCAGAAGUUCAUCUUCUUUUCUAUCCAUAAUUGCGACCAGCAUCCGGAGGUACCCCUCAUGGAGAUCAAGCGUUGCACCGAGAAGUACAUUGCGGACUCCGGUCUCAACUACACAAUCAUCAGAUUGUGUGGAUUCAUGCAGGGUCUCAUCGGGCAGUACGCAGUGCCUGUCCUCGAGGACCAAGCAGUGUGGGGAACAGAUGCUCCUACGCGGAUUGCGUACAUGGACACGCAGGAUGUAGCGCGGCUGACUCUCAUGGCUCUGAGAAACAAAAAGGCAGAUCGCAAGAUGCUCACAUUUGCAGGUCCUCGCGCAUGGACGACACAAGAGGUGAUUAGUCUUUGCGAGAGGCUGGCAGGACAGGACGCCAAGGUGACAACAGUUCCCUUGGGAAUCCUCAAGCUUGCGCGGCUCGUCACUCGUUUCUUUCAGUGGACAAACGAUGCGGCAGACCGGCUCACAUUCUCAGAGAUCCUCACCAGUGACACUGUUUUCUCUGCACCAAUGGCCGACACAUACUCGCUGCUGGGCGUGGAUCCCAACGAGACCACCACCCUGGAGAAGUAUUUGCAGGAGUACUACUCGCAAAUCCUCAAGAAGCUCAAGGACUUGAAGGCGCAGUCCAAGCAGGGCCAGUUCUACAUAUGAAUGAUGUGUAAAAUUGAAAAGCCCUAGUAGGCUCGCGACGCGAGGAAAUGGCUGCUGGGUUCCAAGCGCGGCUGGACGAGAUGCUCCGCUCCCGGCAAGCGCAGCUCCAGCGCUUGAAUGUAACAAACGCAUUCCUUUUAGUGAUUGAAAGUUUUUGAA